UAACGAGUAAACAAAUCGGAAGGAAAAUCGCGACCUGAAAAAAGGGAAAAGGAAAAUCGCGAACUUUUCCAAAAUGCAACGAAACCUCACCCAGUCCAAGGAGGCUCUGCUGAAAUCGUACAAUUCGCGGUUGAAGGAGGACAUCAGGAGCAUGCGAGAGAAUUUCGAGGAAAUCAUCCGGCUGGCCAAGGGAGAAAACGAUACGCAGCUGUCGAAGAUCACACAAUGUGAGCAGGACACGUACGAAACGCAAGUCCGAGCAGCCAACAUUGUGCGAGCGGGCGAAUCGCUGAUGAAGCUGGUCUCGGACAUCAAGCAGUACCUCAUCCUGAACGAUUUUCAUUCCGUCAACGAAGCCAUCUGCAGUAACUCGACGCUCUACCGGAACACACAGAUCGACCGGGACCAUAAGCUGAUGGCCGUGCGUGAUGAUAUGGCGGCCGAUUUGUACGACCUCGAGGAAGAGUACUACACGAGCAUAUACAAGUGACGAGAGUGCACCAGCAUUUUCAUCUUCAUUUAUUACAUUUAAUAUAAGAUACACGCUCUCCAC